CUGUUUGUGCUGCAAAGUGUUCAAUGGCUGGAGUGAUAGGGGAAGACGAGAGGGAAGAGAGACGCAGCUGCAUUAUUUUUUUUGCCUCGUGAUGCCGUCAGCAACGUGACUUUGUUUACAUCCUGCCUGGUCGUGGAAGCGGGCAUCCUCGGGUUGUGACCUCCAGUUUCUCUACCUCAUCAAAAGUCCUCCUCACCUUCCUGGAGAAGACUACCAGCCAACUGCUUCCAGAAGCAAAUGUGGAGAGACACGGAGGGAAGGACCAAGUCUCAUGGGAGUGUGUGACAGUACGAGCGUAAGGCUUCGUGUUCUGGCCUCCCGCCAUUGCCCCCUCGUCCCAGACAAGCAUGGCAGGGAGCAGAGAGCGCAGUGGUCGGGCCCAGAGGCCGUGGUCAGUCUACCGGGCGAACACGUUCCAGCUGUCCAGCGAGAUGAUUGGCUUAGCCCUGGCAGGAAACAGCCAGGACCCAGAUGAACCUGUGCUUGAGUUCAGCAUUGCCUGCAAAGACCUGCUGACUCCUGCUUUGGAUCGAAAACCCAACAGUUUUGUAGCUGUGAGCUGCACAACGCCACCGCAGGCCUUCUGGACCAAACACGCCCAGACAGAAGUCAUAGAGGGUAGCAGCAACCCCAUCUUCCUGAGCAGCAUCGCCUUCUUCCAGGAUUGCAACAUCAACCAGCAGACGCAGGUGAAACUGGCUGUCUACGACGUGAAGGACCGCUCCCAUGGCACGAUGUACAUGUUGGGCUCAGCACUCUUCCCUGUGAAGGAGUUGCUGCAUGAAAAAGACCAAAAAUUAGAGCUGGAACUCAGGUCAGCGGAGAACAAGCGGGUGGGAAACCUCUCCGUGUCCGCUUGGCAGAUGGGCGAGAAAGCAGAUCAGAGAAUUUCAGUCAGCCGUCUUCCAGACAGUAACAAUGGCCGGACGAUGCUUGCUGUUGACGAGAGCCUUUCGGAAGCGAUGGGGGUGCGAAUCAAGUACGCCUCACUGUGCAGAGACACCCUUCUGCGUUCGGUGUUUGGAGGCACAAUGUCCAGGAUGUACCGCUUCCCUACAACUAAUGGCAACCACCUGCGGGUGCUUGAGCAGAUGGCCGAGAGCAUCUUGUCCCUGAACAUCCCCAGACAGUUUGUCAAACUGCUGUUGGAGGAGGACACGGCCCGGGUCGGUGAGCUGGAGGAGCUGGGAGAGUUGUCCCCUUGCUGGGAGAACCUGCGGCGACAGAUCGUCACACACUACCAAGCUGUCAUAGGCUCGUACCAGGAAACACUCUCCGACCUCAGUGACUACAAAGGGCCGUCAUUUAAAGCCAGCAGUCGGAAGGCUGACAGGAAGAUGGAGUUCAUGCCAACCAACCUCCACAUUCAGAGGAUGAGGGUUCAGGAUGAGUUGGGUUUUGGUGAGGCAGCUUGGAUCACAUUCACUUUGCUUUGUCAAUGUUUCUUAUUUUGUUUUGACCUUUGCUCUCCAGAGCACACGUAUGAUGUCAUCACCAUCGGUGCGCCGGCUGCGCACUGCCAGGGCUUUAAAAAUGGUGGCCUGAGAAAACUGACUCAGAAAUUUGAGGAAGCAAAGAAACACACCGUCUCCAGCUCGCAGUCUAUCGUCUUCAUACCUCAGGAUGUGGUUCGAGCCAAAGAGAUCAUCUCCCACAUCAACACCCUGAAGACACAGGUCUAUUAUUACGCCGAGAGGCUUUCUCGAGCUGCAAAGGACCGUUCUGCCAGCGGAAUGGAAAGGACACUCGCCACGCUGGCCGACAAGACUCGACAACUGGUGACAGUAUGUGAUUGCGAGCUGCUGGCGUCUGCCAUUCAGGCUCUCAACGCAGCAAGGCCCGAGUACAUCGCCUCCAAACUGUCUCCCUCCGCUGAUUCCGAGCAAGUAGUCCUCCGCAAUGACCAGGACACGCUGCUGGCCAAGUGGAGCGGCAACAACAGUCGAUCAUCGCUGCUCGUAGACUGGCAUGAGAAGGAGUGGGAGAAAGUGUGGCUGAAUGUGGACAAGUCACUGGAGUGCAUCAUCCAGCGUGUGGACAAGCUGCUGCAGAAGGAAAGGCAUCCUGGUGACAGCGUUCAAGGCGCAGGCCAGUCAGACGGUGCCAGUAAAAAGGGUGACGGAAAACGACGCGCUUUUUGGAUCAACCCCAGAAGUUCUUUGCCAGAGUUUCCAUUACUAUCCUCAUCAGCUUCACCUCCCCCAUCAUCACCUUCCUUGCCUGCUCUCUCAUCUGCAUGCCCUCCAAGCCCUGCACAAGACAGCUUGCCCAACAAUCAGGCGUGUUGCGCUUCAUCCCUUCUGGACGGAAGCCCUAACGUUGAGGAGGUGUACCCAGGCGAGUGGAGCGAGGCGUUGUACCCUCUUCUCACCACGCUCACCGACUGCGUGGCCAUGAUGAGCGACAAAGCCAAAAAGUCCAUGGUCUUUCUCCUCAUGCAGGACAGCGCAGCCACAAUUGCGAUGGACGUUUCCCUGCAGUACCGCCGUGAUGUCGUCUUCUGCCAGACACUCACUGCUCUCAUCUGCGGCUUCAUUAUCAAACUGAGGAACUGUCUCCGUGACAACGGGUUCCUCCGACAGUUGUACACCAUUGGCCUGCUGGCUCAGUUUGAGUCCCUCCUCAGCACCUACGGAGAGGAGUUGGCCAUGUUGGAGGACAUGAGCAUCGGCGUAAUGGAUCUGCGGAAUGUCACCUUUAAGGUGACACAGGCGACCGGCAGCUCCGCCCUCGACAUGUUGCCGAUCAUCACCGGCAACCGUGACGGCUUCAACGUCCGCAUCCCUUUGCCGGGAAGCAUGUUUGAUGCGUUGCCGCGGGAGAUCCAGAGCGGAAUGCUGCUCAGAGUCCAGCCGGUGCAUUUUAACGUGGGCAUCAACGAGCAGCAGACGCUGGCUGAGAAGUUUGGAGACACAUCACUUCAGGAGACAAUCAACAUGGAGAGUUUGACGAGGCUCAACUCUUACUAUGAACAAUUUAAAGAAGUUCUGCCUGAGGACUGCCUCCCGAGGUCCCGUUCUCAGACUUGUCUUCCGGAGUUGCUCAGGUUUCUGGGCAAGAACGUGGAGUCGAGGAAAAAUAAGAACGUGGACAUCUUAUGGCAAUCAGCUGAGAUCUGUCGCCGGAUCAACGGCGUUCGUUUCACCAGCUGCAAAAGCGCCAAGGACCGGACGGCCAUGUCGAUCACCCUGGAGCAGUGUCUGAUCCUGCAGCACGAGCACGGCAUGGCGCCGCAGGUCUUCACUCAGGCCCUGGAUUGUAUGCGCAGCAUUGGGACAAGGGAGGGGGUGAUCCAGAAGAACCUGAGUGGUUUACUGCCGGUGCGGGACUUCCGCGUGGACCCCAGCCUCCUGUACUCCCUGCCCCUGCUGGCCCUCAGCCCCAACCUCCUGGUGGUGUGGAUCUUCCUCAGCGUGACUUUUAUCCUGACCAGACUCCGCUGCAGCUGAGCGCCGACCAGUUUAGCAAGACCCAGAUGUAUUUGUCUCACUUUCCAGGAGGAGAGAGGACCUACACUCGCUCUGCUGCAUGGUCAACUGAUGCCUUGUGCUCAGGAACGUUUUCGGUUUCUUGCCAAAUCUACAGACCCUCUUAUUAGUGUCAAUAAGUAUUCGUAGUAUAAUGUUGGUUAUUAAAGAGUCCCCUGGAGACAUUAUUUCCAGGGACCGGCUUUCCACGUGUGCCAGAUAAAUACAGCAAAAAUAAGUGCAUGAAAAAUCCAAGUCACCAGAGAGCUGAAUUAGUGGGAGCAUUGGGCUUGUUUCUUUGCAAUGAGAUCCUCAGCAGGUUACCAUCAACCUGCGGGGCACUGCAGAUGGAAAUCAGCCUUAGGCUACAAUCUGUCACAUUUAUAUUUGAUAUAUUCAUUAAUGUGCAAUGUAUCACCUCACAAAAGUUAUAGCAAAUGGCAACUUCCUAUAAGGAGUUUUAUUGUACAUUUAUAAACAACGGGCGGCACAGCUCGGUUGGUAGAGUGGCCGUGCCAGCAACUUGAGGGUUCCAGGUUCCAUGCACGCUUCCGCCAUCCUAGUCCCUGCCGUUGUGUCCUUGGGCAGGACACUUUACCCACCUGCUCCCAGUGCCACCCACACUGCUUUAAAUGGAACUUAGAUACUGGGUUUCACUAUGUAAAAGCGCUUUGAAGUGAAUUGUGUAAUUCACCUCACUUCACUUAUUAGUGACAGGGCAAGUUAAGUUGGAGAAAAUGCAGUCGUUAAUAAAUGAUCUAAUGUUUAUCUGCAGCCCGGUAGCAAAUGUGUCACGGACUGGUACCGUUUCCCGGACCGCUGAUUGAGGACCACUGCUCUAGACCACAACUUUUGAGCAUUAUUUGUUCUACAUAAUCUGGAGGGGCUAAAUUGAGACUUUGGUGAGUUUUAAGUCACUCCUUGUAUCAUAUUUAUUCCACUCUUGAAUCUCGGGAAUAGUCAGUUACUUCUCAAGAUUUCCCAGAGAGCUUGGAAAUGUCAUCCAUGGCAACUCGAUGGGUGCCCACUGCUCGGUUUGUUGUCUUUGAAACGCCGGCCAGAAUGUUUUUGUUUUUUUUUUUGGUACAAGGAUUGUGUCUGAAUGUUAAUACCGGAGUAAGUAAGCAAGGCAGUACUGGGAAGAUUGUUUGGUUUUCUGGGGAGCGAAAGACUACCGUAUUUUUCGAACUAUAAGUCGCAGUUUUUUUCAUAGUUUAGGGUGCGACUUAUGUGUGAAAUUAUUAACACAUUACCAUAAAAUAUCAAAUAUUAUUAUAUAGCUCAUUCACGUAAGAGACUAGAAGUAUAAGAUUUCAUGGGAUUUAUGGAUUAGGAGUGAGAGAUAGUUUGGUAAAGGUAUAGCAUGUUCUAUAUGUUAUAGUUAUUUAAAUGACUCUUACCAUAAUAUGUUAGCUUGACAUAGCAGUUGCUUAUUUAUGCCUCAUAUAACCUACACUUAUUCAGCCUGUUCACUAUUCUUUAUUUAUUUUAAAUUUCCUUUCAAAUGUCUAUUUUUGGUGUUGGGUUUUAUCAAAAAAAUGUCCCCAAAAAAUGCGACUUAUAUAUAUGUUUUUUCCUUCUUUAUCAUGCAUUUUCGGCAGGUGCGACUUAUACUCCGGAAAAUACGGUAAAUGAGCACUGAUGUUACAUAUAAUGGACACCACACGACUAAUAUAGCACUAUAUUACAGAACAGAAGCAUCACAUUGUGCAACCAAGUCGGCUUUUAAGGCUCCUGCUUUUUGUCAUGUCGCUCUGUGGCUCAGCUAUCCACUUUCAUGUAGUUUCAACUACAAUACCUUCUAGUUGUUCUCUGUGUGUACUUUAAGAUCCUAAAGCUUGCACAACAAUAUUUUUGGUAAUGUCCAAAAGAAAUUCAGUGUUUCUGAUCUUGUUUCCUUCUGCUGCUUCUGUGCUCUCAACUACCUCUGCAAGACUCAAGUCCCUUGACUGUGUUCACUUGAAAGCCGUUCAAAUAAGAAAGGUGUAACACCGACAAGCAGCGGAGGGAUGUAGAAAGAAUAGCAAGUCCUAUAUUUACAGCACUUAACCCUGAAUUCUCCAUCUGUUUUGUGCAAUGACACUAAUAGUCCAACUGAUACAAAUAACAAAAAAAAGCCAAUCUAAUUUCAUUGUAGUUUAUAUUUACUGACAAGGAAUUAAAUCUGGGGAAAUGACGUCUGCUGUUGUACAUAAGUAAUGUUUACAUGAUUUUAUUUAAACAGGAAGACAGAAUAUCUUAUUAUUAUGAUGCUUGUGCAAUAAAGCUG